UUAUUAAAAUCAAUAUCUGAAUCUAUUGAACUAGUUAUUUGGAAUGAAUUGAAAAAUUGUAAAGCAUUUGGAGUUAUGGUUGAUGAAAGUACUGAUAUUUCCACAAAUUCACAUUUUAUUAUAUAUGUUAAGUAUUGCUAUAAGGGGAUUAUUAAAGUAUGCUAUCUUAAGCUUUUGCAAGUGGAAGAAUCAAAUGCUAUAACACUCUAUAAUGUUAUAAUCAAUCUUUUUGAUAAAAAUGAUGGAGCAAGUGUAAUGAUGGGAAAAAAUACAGGUGUAGCUACAAGAAUUGCACAAAUCAAUCCUUUUCUUUAUAUUACACAUUGCAUUGCUCAUAUAUUAUCAUUGGCAUGUGGGGAUGCUCAAGAACAAGUUGAAUUCUGUAAAAGUGUUAAAAUCUGCCAUGAAGAAGAAACAAAUAAAAAUAUUCAAGCGCCUUUAAAACUAAACUUGAGUAGAAUAGCACCUUCUGGCGACGUUCAGUUAUCUGAUGAACAGAAUCAAAUCCUUAACUUAGCUGUUAACAGUCAUAAUAGUAUUUUUUAUACCGGUUCUGCAGCAACCGAAACGGAAUUGCACAGAAAAAUCAUCAAGUUUAAAAGUUUAGUUGAUAGAUGGAGAAGAAUAAAAGUUCUUGUUGUUGACGAAGAAAAUAAUAAUUCAUAUGAGAAAAAUGAAAAUCCAAAUGGCUCAAAUACAAGAAUAAUUCCAACUACUUUUCUAGAUCUACUUAAUAAUACUCUUGAUGAUGCUGAUUUAGUUCAUUUGUUAGCUGAAGCUUCCAUAAAAGUAACCCCUGAAUUUACUGCUGCAACUUUGUCUGAUGAGGACGAAGAAGAGGAUACAAUAUUUAUACAUGAUGAUACUUUUGGCAACGAUAACGAUGAUUUAUCAGAUGAUGAGACAAAUCAACUUGCCGAUGAAAAUUUUGGACGAUUAUUAUCUCAAGCACAAGCAAUUGGAAGUGACCUUACUACUGGAACUGUAGCUCCACAUUUAUGGCAAAAUUUGGAACAAGAAUGGAGUGAAUUUAAUCAAGAUUUAAGACUUACCAGUGGAAUUGGUCCUCGAAAUCAUGCACUCCCACCAACUUUACGUGCUAAAGUAGGAGAAGCUAACCUGCAUUAUGUCAAUAGAGACUAUCCAAAAGCUAUUGAGGUGCUUCAAGAGGUAAUAAAAAUUGAUCCAAACAUUCAUUCUGCUUGGUUUACACUUGGAACAAUACAAGAUGAAAUUGGAUGUCCGGAAAAGGCCUUACAAUUGUAUUUGGUUGCUGCCCAUUUAACACCUCAUGAUGGUGCAUUAUGGAAAAGAUUAGGUUCACUAAGCAAAGAUCACAGUGCUGUACAUCAAGCUAUUUAUUGUUUCUCUAAAGCCAUAAGAUGUGAUCCUAAUGAUGCAAUUGAUGGUUUUACUGGAUUAUUAGAAAAAGUGCCACAUGAUAUGAAUAUAUUAAGAGAAAUAUCAAAAAUACAUGUACAAACAAGCGAAGUUCCUAAAGCCAUUGAGCUUUAUCUUGAUGCAUAUUCAUAUUAUCGAAAUCGUCCUUUUUACGAAGAUGCUGAAGCAGAAGGCAGUUUUGGAUAUUCAGAAAUUAAUAUUAUGGCAGAACUUUAUAUGCUCAUAAAUGAUUUUGGUGGUGCAAUAGAGUUCAUCAAAUGUGGAGUCAGAUGGCUUCAAGGAAGAGAGGAUGAGACAUGGUGGAACAAUGUCAGCGAUGAUCGAGAGUAUGAUGAAGACGAAAAUGCUAAUCGGAAAGAUAAUUCUUUUAUUUUAGCUGGUGCUAGACGUCAAGGAGUUUUUAGUAGUGGUGGUUCAAAUGCACCAUUACCAUUGGAAUUAAGAAUAAAAUUAGGCAUAAGUAGAAUCUGUAUGGAUGAAUUAGAAGAAGGAAAAUUAUAUGAUGUUAAACAAUACAUUGAUUUAUAUUAUGAGGUGGCUGAAACUUAUGCUGAAAAAGGGUUAUUUGAAGAUGCAUUGACAACAUACGAAGCUAUAUUGCUUAAUUCAGAGGUAAUUGAUUUGGGACUAUGUCACAGAGAAUUAGGGAAUUUUGAAAAUGCUGCAGAAUAUUUUACUGCUGUUGUUGAAGAUUCACCAGAUAAUUUAGAUGCUAAAAUGUCACUUGCAGAGACUUAUGAAUUUUUAGGAGAAAAUGAAAAGGCAUUAGAAUUGGUAAAUACAGUCCUUGAAGCCCGUAAAUUUCAACGACAAGUAGCUGAAUCCAUGCCAGUAAGGGAUCCCGUUGUAAUAUCAUUAUCAUUAGAUUUAUUGUAUCCAUGUUCAGUUAAUGGUGAUAAAGAAGCAUCUAAAGAAUAUCUUGAAACAGCAAGAGGUUUAAUUGAAGAUUGGCAAAAUAAUAGAGCAUUUUAUCCUCCAAGAAACAAGAUGGUUCCAUUUAGAGGAUAUGAUCGACGUAAAAGUUGGAGGAAAAAACUUUAUUAUGAAGAAAUUAAAGAAUUAAAAGAAGGAUAUGAUGCAGAUAUAGAAGAACAGGCAACCACAAUGGCAAAGAGGCUGCAGUGGAAUAUAGAUGGACAGUUAGGUGAACUUGAAGCUGAAAUACAUAAGAAAAUGACAGAAUUUCAAGGAAUAACGUUUGAAAAAUGGUUUGAAUUUUUUAUUCAGUUUAUAAUUACAGCAACAAAAAAUGGGCAUGAGUCAGAAGCAUAUGAUGUUGUUAUGUUAGUAUCAAAGGCAAAUAUUUUUUACCAUAAUGAACGACACAAGACUACAUUCAAGGUGUUGUCACUAGCUUGGGGACUUUAUACAUCAAAUUAUAUAGUGGUUUGUGAAAGUGCAAGAUGGUUAUCGGCAAAUUCACAAAAAUAUUUUUUAAGACAAAUAAAAGCAAUGGAUUCAGGCAUUUCUGACAGUUCUCCAACGAAACCUGAUGCUGGUUUGUUGACACUUUAUGGACAUAUUUUGGGAUGUUCAAGAAGUUAUAAUGGUGCUCUUGGGUAUUAUGCUCGAGCAGCACUUGUCAAACCAAAAGAUCCUCUUGUGUGUUUUUCUAUGGGUCUUGCAUAUUUACAUCGUGCUAUGCAAAGAAAAACAAGUAAUCGACAUUUACAAAUUUUACAAGGAUUCAAUUUUUUAUAUGAAUAUUAUGAAUUAAAAGGCAAAAAUCAAGAAGCUGAAUAUAAUUUAGGGCAUGCAUUUCAUCAAUUAGGAUUAACGCAUUUAGCUAUACCGCAUUAUGAAAAAGCACUUAAAUUACCAUCAGUAAAUCAAAUUUUGAAACAAAAAAUUGAUAAAAAAAAACAAUUAGAAACUGACGAAAAUGAUGAAGUUGAAAAUUUCGAAGAAAAUGAUCCUACAGAUAUUAGAAAAGAAGCUGCCUAUAAUUUAUAUUUAAUUUAUAUGGAAACAGGAUCUCCAGCUUUAGCUCAAAUGUUAUUAAAAAAAUAUUGUGCAAUAUGA